AUGCAUUGCCGAAGACGACGACUAUGAGAGUAUGACUCACGGACUGGGACUCCAGACUCCACUAUAAUAAUCAUUACUACUAAUACUAGUAGUAGUGAGGUAGACAGUGGUAGUACAGUAGAGCCAGCUCUCCGAUCGAUCCCUGUCGCGGAUAUCGAUGAAAUACAUGAAAGUACUUGAAGUACAUGACUGUACUCUCACAAAAGAUAGAUCAAAAACAAGAGGCACCAAUCGAUGAAAGUGUCUUUUGCUCUUCAGAUUUUCUUGCUGUCUCGUGAAGACGAGAGAGCUUGUAGAGGCUUAUUAUUCCUAAUAAAAGGACGAGGCCCUCGAGGGUGUGCCCCUUUUAUUUUGAACUGACAGUACUGACACUGAGUAGAUCUUGUACAUCUACAGCCUACAGCCUACACUGCAGUACAGCCUACAGGACUGUGGUCAGUGUGGAGGUCUACUACAACUACCCGGCACACCACAGCCAAGUGACAACGACGUUUUUAGUCAAGACCAGGGCUAGGGAGUCAUACCUGGUCAAGACCGACCUCGAUUCAAGUCCGCCCAUCGAUACGACGGUAGCGGCUACUGUCGGGACGUUACUUCGGAUCUCAGCUGAUCGAUCACGGACGGAUAUCGCGGAUCAUAUCAGGCUGCAGGGCACGACAGCCGACAGCGCAGCAACACUUGCAGCUACAGACUAGUACUGAGUAGUACUAGUAGCUCUCUUCACAUGAUCACAGGUGUUGUGUCGGUGCUGUGCAUGUGCGUGAGCAGGUGACACAUGCGCGCUAUCCGUGUACACUGCUUUGAAACUAACUAAUUACUUUGAACGCAUUUUGCAACAACCGGAGCUACAGUAGAGCUGUGGCCGUAGGCAUUGAUCAUGUCUGGUCGUGCAGUAUUGUACGUGCUUCUAUGCUCAGUUCUCGCACUGCUUGUGGGCAGAACGAUUUGGUUUGGCAGUCGGAUAGUGGAUCCGGAGCCAUGUGGAACAAACGAGGAGCCGAUUCCGGUGGGAGAUACGCAGUAUACAAGAUUGGCGAAAGCCAUUCAAAUCAAAACAAUUUCGUACACAAGAUCCCAAAGUAACCAAACGAAAUUGGCCCUGAUCGAGCUGUCCAAUUUCCUUAGGCGAGAGUACCAGCAUGUCUUCAGCAGCCCGUACAUUGACGUUGAAGUCGUCGCUAACUACAGUCUGUUGAUGCGCGUGGCCGGGCAAGAUGCGUCACUGCAGCCAUACUUGCUGAUGAGUCACCUGGACGUGGUGCCCGCUGUGUCACCGGAAUGGCAAGUAGAUCCGUUUGCGGGUGUAGUUGACGAAGAGUUCAUCUGGGGCCGUGGAGCUAUUGAUGUCAAGAACACACUGCUG